AUUCUCAGUUUCCUACGUUCUGUGUAUGCCAUCGUUCCGCUGUUUUUAAAGAAUGUCGCCUGGACGCCAUUGUUAUUCAUUGAAUAUAAUAUGAAAGUGAUUUUUAUCGUUUAGAACUCCACCCGUGGUUUCAAAUAUCAAUUCGUACAUUUAAAAAGUUUAAAGCAAGAAACAGUGAUAAUCAAAUACAGUGCACGGCUUAGCGUAAUUACAUAUUCAAGUGGUGCAAUAUUAAAUGAGUAUUCUCUAUUAGGAAGCUUCGUAAUAAAACGUUUCGUAAGCUUGUAUUCGUCACGUGGGAGUGUGCCGUUUUAAUCAACAUGCGUUAUAUUCGAAAAAGGAAAUAAAUUUUAAAAUGCAUAUUUCGUGUGUGCCCGCGUAAAUUUCCAGGUGUUUCAUUAUAGCGAACUAGUAAUUUUAGUGAAAAUUGUACGGAGUGUUUUUGUUAUGGAACUAGCCGGUGACUAGUUCCUUCGCAUUUAAAGAUUGGUCAUAUUUCAUGGAAUUCAGCUCGUAUAUAUUGAUCAAGAGCUCUAUGAAAAAGCUGUGGGUUUAAUGUUGUUGACAUGAUACAUUUUGAAUUUAAAAACACUGGAUGAAUGGGAUUGCGUACAGCCUCGGUGAGGCAUCCCCAUGUGGAGGUCAUGGCUCCAGCUCUAACCGAGACGGUUCAAACACAGAAUUUUGAUUUGCCCCCAAAGUCCUGUCUAGAACCCACUUUCCAAGUAAAUAGUUACAGAAAAAACAAAUUCAUAGAGCAAGAUAAACAGGCUUUUUUAAAAAGUGGUGGUGAAUAUGUUGGUAAAGUUCAUUUAGACAGUAAUGAAAUUAAGAGUUCUGUUGUAUUAAAUUCAGAAAAGAUAUUUAAUAAUUUACACAGAAAGUCUAACAGUGCCUCGGAUACCAAUUCAAAUAAUAUAAUGAAUAGCCCAUCAUCUAUGGGUGACCAAGAUAAUAAAAUGGGCCUUCAAAAAACUGGAAUAGACAUUUCAAUGAUCCACAAAGAUAAAAAACCUUCAGAAAUGGAACAGUUAUUACAAAAUUUUUCAGUUUCCUCAGAUUUGGAGACAAAUGUAGAAGAUAUAAUGCAGGUAAUCAAAUCAAUAGAAGGAAGUGAUAAAUUAAAUAAUAGUUCUAAUGACUUGAAUGCAGAAGGUGAUGAUAUUUUUCCUAUUACUGGGACCGAUUUAACUAAUAAUUUAUCAUCUUUUGAGAAAGAGUUACUAGAAAAUGUCGAUGUAAUGACUAUGAGUAUGGAAGACCAACAAGAUGAACUUGAUACCGUUGACAAACAUAAAGAAUCUCAAGCUAAAGAAGUUUUAAGCCUUUUACAAAAUAAACACACAAAGUUAGAGAGGCGAUUGGAUUUUAUAAAGAGGCGAGUUUAUAAAUUACAAUCAAGGUUUUUGGGACAGCAUGUUAGUAGUGAAAUAGCUGGCGUAUUUGAAAAUGUUCAUCAUUCAUUUAAAAAGCCAAAGGAACCCCUUGAAGAGCCAGUGUCAGUUUUCAAUAAAACCAUUUUGCCAGGUGAUAAACUCAAACCCUUAUCAUAUAGUUCUGCAAAGACAUUAGUGAGAAAAUUAGAAAUGACUACAGUGUUACAGGCCAGUGCAGUUGCUAGACAAAAAAAUACUCCAAAAUAUUUUGGAUCGGGUUCUGUUGAAAUACCUGUACCAAGGACUAGCUCUUCUGGAGUAGUUACCAUCACCCCUUGGACUACCAAUACAAAAAAUGAGCUGCAAAAAGUUGCUACUCAGUUGAAAACUCAAACUAGCUUAACUCAGAAGCAAGUUGAUUCUGAAGCCACUGAAAGUAGCUCAGGAGGAGAAAGCUGUGAUGAAAUGCAAAAUUAUAACAAUCCACACCAACAGUAUCUUAGUGUACAAAAAAGAUCUUUAUGGAAAUAUUUAACGGAUCGAGCAAUGAUAGCCGCCAGAUGGACGUGGUUACAUGCUCAAAUCACCGAUUUGGAAUACCGUAUCCGUCAACACACGGAUCUUCACAAGCAGAUCCGUAUGAAUAAGGGCGGCAUCCAAUUGGGCGGUUCCAGUCCGCCCCAUUCAUCACCUACUUCGCAAACUGUAAACGGGUACCUCGGCCAACUACCUGGUAGUUCUUUGUCGUCUAAAACUGCGGACAGUCCAACUGAUGAUACUUCGAAUGCGGAUUAUGAAUGUGCCAGAACGAGGCCUUUAGUGAAAUUCAAAAAAAGGAAGCUACUUCAAAUAUCAGGUCUACAUGCUGUAUCCAGAAAGGCGGCGAGGCCGAGUAAUAUGCGUUGUAGAUGUAUUCCGUUGACGAAUCCUUGUGCAUUGUGUACAGGGAGAACAGAUCCAACUUAUCCUAGGGAUCCACCAGAUACGCUAAGCAGAGCAGAGAAGGUUAUGCUACUCGAUCCUGGAUUUCAUCCUGUUUUUUCACUACCUGAAGAUACUUCUCAAAGUAUUCAUCUAGAAGCUAUAAUGAAGAUCCAGGAGUGGCAACAGAGAAGUACAAGAAUGAAGACCUUGAAGGUUUCAUCUAAACCUGAAAGACAUGAGUCUAAAUCUUCUGAACACAGAACCAAGAAAUUGGAGCAUCGAAAGAAAUACGGACGAUUAUUGAAAAAUAGCACCAUGUCUGCAUUAUCUGCAAAAAUACGAAAUAAAAUAAGGGGACGUAAACCAGGCCGACCAUCUUCUCUAGUUCAUCAUAAACGACACCUCAGGACAGAUCUAUCAUCCCAGUCAAUGACAAAUCCAACAGAUUCUGCAAUGGAUGAAGAAGUCGAAUCAAUAGAUAAUAACAGCAAUCAAGGUGGAACACAUUCGGCCGAUUCGCCAAGUUCAUCGCCGUUGCUACACAUGCAUUCGAUCUCAGGGUACAACAGAAGAAGUAAUAGUAAUCGUUUCCAAUCCUACGAUAUCGACAACAUAGUCAUACCUUACAGCGUUGCGGCCGCUACUAGAGUUGAGAAAUUACAGUACAAAGAAAUAUUAACUCCAAAAUGGAGAAUAAUAGAUCCCACAUAUGAAACACAAUUCGAAACCAAAAAUAAUGGCGCUAUGAAAGAUACCGAACCGGAUAGCGACGUGGAAGACCUUACCGAAGAUUCUGUGAUAGCCCGCCACGAUCGUAGCGAAUACGAAGAAAAAAGACGUUUUCUAAGUUAUCUUAAAUUACCGCCCGGUUCCGGUAGGGCGCGUCAUCAUCGUCGAACUGACAGUAGAGCUGAAUCGAGUGGCGGUAACACGCCCGAUCCUAUGUCACCACAUAAUCCCGAUCAUCACGAUUCUCCAAUGACUUCUCCUCCAGCUACUCCUCUAUCCGUUGGAGGGGUAGACGAAAAUCAACAGUUACCCCAGUUACCAUCCAUCGCCGUUAUGAGAAGACGAACGAUGUCCCAAUCUAGAUUUAGUAUGGGAGGUAAAGAGAGGGAAGCUAAAGAAGAUUCUAGGGCUACUACACCGGAUAUUGUUGAAGUACCUCCCUACGAAAAACGGACAUUUCCUAUUAGCGAAGAAACUUACGAAAAGAUGUUGAAACACAUGCCAGAAGAUCAUCAAUUCCAAACGAACAUCAGAUCACAGGAUUCGGCGGAUUUUGAAACUCGCGAAGUGUACAACUAUGAGGAUCCAAAACUCGAUUCGCCCGAUAGCGAAUCGACGGAAUCUGCGAUCGGUGAAGGAGAAGAGGAUCCCAACGAUCCGGAAUGGAUAGACAUGGAAAAACUUAACAGAGAACGGUACAAGAGAUAAAAACCGUCUUUAACUAUUCUUUUUUAUAAUAAAACCGAAUCCAAGUGAAAAGAUAUGAUCCGAUUUGUAGUUUCCUUUAACGCUACAUGAAACUUGAUCGGAUGUAGAGGAGAGGAAGAAAAAAAAACAA